AUGGUCGACCUUGACUUUCCACAGGCUCUCAAAUGCCCUUGUCUCUGCUGUGGUCAUCUGGUGCACUCUGUAGAGUACGGAUGGCCCUCGUCAUACUCGCUAUGCGCAAUCUGCCAAUGGGAGGAUGAUUACUCACAGCUGUUGCGACCUCUCGACCCCGACGGCGCUAAUCAUGUCUCACUCUAUGAUGCCCAGCAAAACUACAUACAAAUGGGCGUCUGCGACAAACGUUUAAAGAAGUUUGUCCGCAAGCCGACUCCCGAAGAGCCCAUUGCGGUUGGAUGGCGCCCAAUUGACCCCUCGCGCGACAUCUUCAACGUCGAUUGGGACAAGGAAACCGUCAAUGACUGGCCCGACCUUCCUACGCCGCCUGGCUCUAUUGUUCCCUAUGACGAGUACUGCUACGACCCAUACCAACAACAGCAACAACAACAGAUGCAGCAGCGCCCAUCACCACAACACAUUCCUCAGCAUCAAAUGAGCUGCGACUACGGAAACGACUACUACAUGGACAGCUCUCCCAUCGAUACCCAUAAAUACUCCCAAAACGUCACUUUUUACUCCGAUGGUGUCUCCUGGCACUUCUCCCCUCCGCCACAAGAACAGGCGGAUGCGGGAUACCCUCUUGGCUAA